AUGAGUACACCCCGCGAGCCUCCCCCAGAGGACAACUUUGACGACGACGACUUCCCCGCUGCCCCCGGGGGCAAGAAGCGCAAGGUCCCCGCGUACGGCCAGCUCAAAUCCCCAGACGGCUCAGAGCACCAUCACAACCCUCCCGACUCCUCUGCCCUCUCCACCUCUUCCAAGACUGCCGCAGCUCCCGCCUUCCCCCUCAAGCGAAAGUUUGCAAGGUCAUUCGCUUAUGCCCUUUGUGAGUUCCGCAAGGGCCUCUUCUUGAGGAGGAAGGCUGCUUUCAUUGCGCUCUACAUCGACGCUCAGGCCGCUAUCAAUGCGACGUCGACUGCUGCUGGGGCAACAGGUCCGGCGGCGGCGGCGGUGGCCAAGUACAAGGCUUCGCUGCCUGAUGUAACCAACUUUGAGAAGCUGCUGCCGGCUCUGGAAGACGUAGGCGUCAACUCGUGGACGCCAGACAGACCGGGAUGGAGAGAGGACAGGGCGGAGGAGUGGAGAGUGAGGGCAAGGAAAAGGAAGGUGGGCGGAAAACCUGUGGAGCGAAAGGGAUGGGCGCCCGAGGGUAGUUUCGAGUUUGAGAAGGAGUGCAAGGCAUCGACGACUUUGCGGUCACGGGUGAAGGAGCAAGGCGCCCUUCUGAAGCUCGCAUACGAGCUGAGGGGUAUCGUUCUCGCCACUCAUAAACCCACAGCUGUCGUCAAGUCCACCACUGUUCCUCCUGCCGAGGACAAGCCUCCCAGCAAGAACAAGCGGAAAAUUGACAGGAAGCACGAGGCUUCUGCGCCCAUUCCUGCGUCUGCGUCUCGACCCGCCUCCCCUGCCAUAUCUCAGACGGUCUCUCGCGAUGGAGAUGGCAAACCGAAGAAGAAGCCCAAGAAGAAGAAGAGGAGUGUUCUCGCAAACCAAAGCAACCCCCACCAUGUAGACAAUUACCGCCCCUCCCGAACCGUCUCACCUCAAGGCGACCCUUUCGAGCCCUAUGCCUAUCAUUUUGACCUUAUCUCUCCACCUUCCAUGCGAUUCCUUGCCACCCGGCCGGAACGUGUGACCGCUCCCCUCCCCGGCGCACCGCAGAAACGCACGCUGGUUCGUCCCAGCGAGGACGACUAUGUUUGCUGCUUUUGCGAGUACGACCUCUAUUAUGGUACCGAGCGGGCGCGCAGACGUGCCAUUCGGAGCAGGAAGAUUGAGCUGAAGCGGAAGGAAGCGAUCAAGGCAAAGGCAAAGAAUGUCGCUGAAGGAAGGGGAACGUUCAAGGAUGAGAGUGAGGAGGAAGACGACGAGGAUGAGGAUGAGGAAGGUUGUGAAGACGAUGGGCAUGGGCACUGCACGUGA